GCGCGCAGCACUCGCGGUUUGGCUGUUGUGAACUUUAACUAAAGCGUUACCGGUGAACCGUUGGAUUAAACACGACUGUUCUAGUAAUUCCCACCAUUAUUGGGAACACUUACAUUGGUAAAUCGCUAGUGAUUUGAGUUCAAACGCGAGUCCGAUGUUAUCUCUACCGUACUACGUUAGUGGUUGAACCGGUCUUGGAGAACCACGCUGGGUUCAGUGACGCUACUUGGACCAACUUAAUGGGAGCAGCGGCUCAGAGCUCCGCCUGUGAGGAAACGAGAGGAACGAGCAGGACAAACUAAACACAAACGAAAAAGAGGAAAUCCCCCGAAAGGAAAUGCCAAUCGCAGCCACUGGACAGCCAACGACUCGGGAGCCCAGACUUUGCCCCCGGCUGCCCUCCACCCCGGAGCCUGUCCCCAAAGGGGCUGAUUUAUUCGACGAGGCGGGGGCGGCGGAGUCGGCGGAGCGAGCAGAGUACGGGGGCGCGGAGGGGGGCAGGGGACUGGGCUAUAGUUACAGCCAGAGCGGCGCUAGGGGCUUUGCGCAGCCCGGAUCCACCAACGGCUCUCCGCCGCAAUCACCAGCCGCUUCCUCCUCCUUUCUCUUCCACCCCCACCACCACCACAUGGCCAUGGAGCCCCCAAGGACUCGAUUGCGUUCUCGGUCUGGAUAUUACCAGCAGUACGGGGGCGGGAACGGCAUUGGAAUUACCAGUGGCGGAGUCAUGGGAUCUAACCUUCAUCUACAGCAGCAGCAGCAGCACCACCACCACCACCACCACCACCACCACCAACAACAACAACAACAACAACAACAACAACAACAGCAGCUCCAACCACAGCAACACGGGGCCGGUUGCGCACCACUUGGAGCUCAUGGCAUCCUCCCGGAGAACCAACCGCGGGACCCAGGAAGCAACGCCGCCCCCGGCAGUCAGAGGAUGUCUUCGGUUCCCGGAGCACACCGCGUCCCGGCGGCAGGAGCUUCUGGCGGAGCCUACCACUGCCACCCGGAUCAUGUGUACGGAGAGGACAGUGAUAAGAGUGAGGAAAGCCCCAGUCCAAAGCGCCAGAGGCUGUCCAGUCAGUCGGUGUUGGAACAGCUGAGCUCAUCCGCCCCUCCACCGUCCACCCCAUCUCCCCCUAUCCGUCCCUGGGAGUCAGGACCCCCAAGUCGGAGACAACCUCACCCGCACUACAACCAGGAGCGAUGCCUCACCCCUGCCCGGCACAGGCGCAGCCCGCCAGCGAGGCGCCAGCGCGGCCGUCUCUCCAGACCCGUCCGUCACAUACCCCCCCAUCACCACCCCGCCACCCAAGGCCCUCUACCUCGCCUGUCGCCAUCAGAUCACCAAGACGAAAACUACCGCCACAACCCCCAUCCCGCCACACACCAGACGUACCCAACACACACACCCAGCGUCUACGGUCAGCCCCCUUCAGCUGGAGGCGGUGGGGCGGGUUUGGAGGAGCCCCGGGCUUUCCACCCUCCCACUUUGUCGCCGCGACUACUGCACCCGGCUGCUCAUCAUCUUCACCACCAUCACCCGCAACAGCAUCAUGCAACGCAACAGCAGCAGGGAGCCAUGGUCAUGGACUUGCAUGAACAGUUGCAGCAAAGCAGUGUGCCAGUGUCCUACACAGUGACCCCAGUCCCUCCGCACAGUCUGGCAGCACCUUUGUGUAGUGGCCAGCACCUUCCUCCUACGUGUUCGUCACAACAACAAGUCCCCGCCUGCAGUGUGGUCUUCAGCACGGGACAACACUACCACCCGAUGCUACAGGCUUGUUCAAUGCAGCAUUUGCCUGUGCCCUAUGCCUUUCCCUCGCUUCUAUCCAGUGACACUCAGUUCCUGCUCUCCCAUCCACCCCACCUCUCUCACCACCCGCCCCACCUCCACACACCCGGACAGUUCCUGCCUUUCCAGACGCCCCAGCCACGAUCGCCUUUACAGAGGAUCGAAAAUGAGGUUGAUAUUCUGGGAGAGCAGCUCUCUGUCGGUGGAGGCUACGCCCACCAUCACCACCACCACCAUCACCACCAGCCUCCCUCCUCCCUGCCACCCUCCACACCACUCCAGUUCCUCUCGCACCAUGACCCCCUUUCGCAUGAGCUCUUUACAGUGCCCUAUCCCCACUUUAUGCCUCGGCGAUUCACAAGCCGGCGUUACCGCUCUCAGCAGGCCGUGCCCCCAUCGCCCUACCACCCCAGCUUCCUGCCUUACUUCCUGUCAAUGCUUCCUGUGCCCCCAAAUGUGGCCCCCACUAUCAAUCUAGAGCUGGAUGUGGAUGACGGCGAGGUGGAGAACUAUGAGGCCUUGCUCAACCUUGCAGAACGUCUAGGGGAGGCCAAGCCCCGUGGUCUCACUAAGGCCGAUAUAGAACAGCUCCCAUCAUACAGGUUCAACUCCAACAACCAUCAAUCUGAACAAACACUGUGCGUGGUAUGUAUGUGUGACUUUGAGUCUCGCCAGCUCCUCAGGGUCUUGCCCUGUAAUCACGAGUUUCACGCCAAGUGUGUAGACAAGUGGCUAAAGGCCAACCGAACCUGUCCUAUCUGUCGUGCCGAUGCUUCUGAGGUCCAGCGGGAUUCAGAGUGACCAAAACCCUCCAUCUCUGUCGGCUUUUUGGAUGCAACAACCAAUCAGUGAACUUCUCUUGAUUUGUCAUAUGCUUCCUCUCAUACAUUCUGCCACACAACUCGGACGAGUGCUCCUUAUUCCUUCACUUUUUUGUCCCCCAGGACACAGAACAUUAAUUCUCAUUUGGGAUUAUCAACCUUUUACUGACUCUUACUCACUUUAGUGCUGGACUUCCUCGGCCUUCUGUUUUGGACCCCUACUUCUCCGCCUUCUUCUCAUUGUUAGCCCCUUUUUCUAUAAAUCGCCUCUGAAACCCAUUCACACAUUUUCAUGUGCAGGUAGACCUAUGUGUAUUUUCUCAGUAUGGUUGAAUUGACAGUCCAAAGACUUUUGUAAUUUCAUAGUUAUUGUUCUGAUUAUAAUUAAGCAUUAAUAUCAUCAUUUCUAUAAGUCUCAAUAUAAUGGCAUUUGAACACUUAUCAGUCCAUUCCUGUGUUUGCAUUCUUACAUUCCUUGAUGGGACAGAAAUAUGUAUGAGGCGAGACAAAGAUACUGUGUCAAAGCUACUACAGAACUGUGUGUGUGUGUGUGUGUGUGUGUGUGUGUGUGUGUGUGUGUGUGUGUGUGUGUGUGUGUGUGUGUGUGUGUGUGUGUGUGUGUGUGUGUUACUUUUCCUGUGGUAUUUUUUACAGUCCAUGUAGUACAGUGCAUUGGCUCCAUUUAUGCUGUUUCUGUCCAUUCAGUUUCAGAAAGAUUAGACUUAUGACCAGGAAAACAUCCAUUGAAGUUAACAAUGCUUCCUUAACAUGUUUCUGUUGCUGUGUUACAAAACCACACAUCAUUAAUAAGUCUCUACAACUUUGACCCCAUCACUCCACGUCCGUCCAUCUAUACGUUUCUCGUCUUACGGUUGGUGUCCUUGUAUAACCCAUUUUUGUGUGUGUUGUGUCCUUACCUAAAGUAAAUAGAUCAGGACUGUCUUUUUCUUUUACUCUCCCCAAGGCACAUGGGAAUUCAGUUAGAUUUUGCAUAGCUGUUAGUUAAUGCCAAACACUCAUAAAAUGUCACAAGGACAUUCAUACAAGCUCAAUUUACUAGCUUUCUCUCUGGAAUGAGGCCUUUUGGAAACAUUUGUCUAUUUUGGUCUUGGUAGCCAAGCAGCUUUUAGUUAAGUGUUGAUGGACAUCAAUGAUUUCUCCAUCACUGACAGGAAACAAGUUUGAGGAGAAUUUAAAAGUCGAGGUUAAUCUACUGCUUCACCAGACAGUGGAUUUGUCACUUCAGCACUUUAAUACAUAGAUUUAAGACGUACACAUUUGGAAUUGUGAACAAACCACUGAUCAGUUAUCCCAAACUCCAUGUGUGUGUAUGAAAACAAAUAUUUGAAUGCAUUAAGAACUCCACAUUGACUUCCAGUACCUUGACUAUCUCAAAAUUUAAAUCCCUUUCUAUUAUUCCCAGUCCACAUCCGUUUCUUAAUGAGCCUUUAAUCUCUAAGGCCUAAGUCACCAUGUGAUAAUGUAACUCUGAGAUGUUCCCCUCAUGCACAGAGCAGGCAUUCUAAUUUUUUUUUUAUAGCCAUUCAUCACAGUUGUAUUAAGUUUUAAGAUGGCAGCCUAGCAUUGGUCUUAUAGAGAAGCUCCACUCACGUUUGUUUUGGAAAGUUCAGCCAGGGCCCUGCAGUCUUACCUCUGAGAAACUGUAUUUUCCCGCAGCGACAACUUGUUUCUAUUCAGAGAUGCCACAUCAGACGAACACGUUGGUUCAAACUGGACUGUUUGCCAAAACAAAUGUGAACCAACCGUGCAUCACUAGAGAACCAGGGAGAGCAUAGUUUCACGGGAGUCUCCGUCAGUGUCGUCCAUAUAUAAACUCAUUUGAUAUUCAUGGUAAUGGUGGGGGAACUAUAUUUUGUUAUCUCUGUUUUUUGGGUGUAAAAGGCCAUAUUUGUGGCCGUAUGCAUCUGUUCUGUGUCUUGGGUUAGUUUUUUUAAAGUUUUUUUUGUUGUUGCUUGGUUCAAUAGCAAUUACCUCAGUCCCACUAUUUAUGUUUUGUCAGAAAUCUGUGCCACCAGUAUGAUUUGUGCUUAUCGAUUAAUUUUGUCAAUCUUUUCCAUGAAAGUUGUUGAGUUGUUUUUCUUUUUUAAACUCUGAAACUCUAUAAAUAAAAUGGUGUCAUAGUAGUUUCAUUAUGUAUUAUAUCUGUAACCAAAAUCAUUUGAAGGCCUGUUGUGACGAUAACAUUUUUAACAAACAUUUGUACAUUUUGUAUAAGAGUAAUUACUAGUAAUACUUUAUUAAGUAGUGCAAUGAUUUUUUUAAUCCCAUACCCAGUCUUUUGGAUUUCAAAAGCAGGAUCAAUAAUAAAUGUAUAACAUCCUCUUUGAA